UGGCUCGAAGAAACCUGGCUCCAUUUGGUGAAAGCGCUGAGGAUGGAUGAGCUGCAACCAAAUCCUGAUGAUUGCGGCAAAUUUGAGCCGAACCAGUUUAAGCAGGAAAAAUGCAAGCACUGCUCGAGAUCAUGGACAGAGCAUAAAGGCGUGAUCUCGGAGGAGUAUCUUCAAAAGUUCCUGCAGAAGAAACUCCAGGUCCAAGAGGAAAAAGAGAAAAAGGAGGCUGAAGCGCAACAGGCGGCUGCCGCCAAGAAGCUGGCAAAGAAGCGCGCCAGCCAGGCCGCUGAAGACGAUUGGCUCUUUGGCGAGCGGAAGGAGCCAGAGCCCGACUCCGACGAUGAUAUGGGCUUCCGAAUGUUGCUGGGUAGCGAGAUUGCAAAACCCCAGGCAAUGCAGCCUGUGAGCAAGGAGUUGAAGGUGGUCAAUUUGAUUGACUGGGGUGAAUGCGAUGUAGCCGACCAGGAGCUUCCAGGCGGCGAGGCCACGGGGAGCUCCUCAAGCACUCGCGCACCAGCGCUGGAGGCCAGGGCUGAGCUCUACACGCCUGGACGAGGUGAUUUGGGCUUUCAAGACACCGUGAGCCAGUUGUCUUCAACUGGACCUGCGUUUCAGUCUGGCAGCCAGGACUUGCUGACCGAAAUCCAGCACUUGCGUCAGAUGCUCGCGGAUGCAAACGAGGAGAAAGCAAUUCAGGUCGCCAUUAUCCAGGACGAGGUGACUGAAAAGCAAGAGAAGAUUCACGAGCUAGAGGCACUGCUCAGAGAAGCAAGACUGAAGGUCGACUCUGUUGAUGAGAAGGAGCCAAUUGGACAUGCCGACCCAGCAGAGGCUGAAAGACUAAGAGCACGCUUGCCUGAGCUUGAGGCCAAGCUGGAGGAAAAAGAGCAAGCUGGAAAUGCCGACCCAGCAGAGGCUGAAAGACUAAAAGCGCGCUUGUCUGAGCUUGAAGCCAAGCUGGAGGAGGUUCAGCGAGGACAUGAUCCAGCCGAGGCAGAAAGACUGAAAGCUCACUCGUUUGAGCUUGAAGCGAAGCUGGAGGCUGCCGAAGCCCGUUGGGCCGCCGAAGGUGCCGCUGCCGUGGAAGGGUCUCAACGAAUAGAGGAUGCACUUGUAGUAGUCUCUGAAGUCCGGGAGCUCUGCAAUCGCACCUACCAAGUCCUCGAGGACAGUCCAGGUGAGCCUUCGGCAGAAUCUUGCUCAUCGGGCGAUCUGCAGGGCGAGCUGGGUCGCUGCCGCACGUCGGCCCACCUGGCGGUGGGCGCGGCAGAGCGGCUGGCCUCCGAGCGGAGGCAGCUGAUGGCGAAGCUGGAGGAGCUGGAACGUGAGAGAAGGCCGACGCCAGCCACGACGGCCCAGGAAGCUCAAGCUGCGAAGGCCUUGCGAGACAUUCGGCUACAUGCCGAACAGCAGCUCGCGUGGGUCUUGCAGCGUAUGAGUGUCAGUCACAGCCACCAGGCAGAACUCCAAAAGCUCGGCAGUUGACACAGCUCCGCAGUUGACGGCAGCCAAAGUUAGCGCAUGCUGAGAUUGAUUUUCCUCCUAAUGUAGCCUUCAGCUUCAGAGCUCAGGAUCUUGGUCGAUCGAAGAGA